CCAUGUCCUCCCAGUUGGAACUCUCCUGGCCAGCGGAAUCCCAGCACGUCAUCUUCCGGGAGCUGGGCACGCACUACAUCCGCCAAGGUCGCUAUCGGGUGGCGACUUCCAACUUCACCAAAGCCGUUCAAGCCAAUCCGCAUGCCGUCGAUUGUCACUACCGGAAGAGUGUUGCCCAGUACCGGAAUUCGGAGCUGAAGGAUGCCCUCCGGAGUGCCCGUGAUGGAUUGGCCGUGGAGCGGGACGAGUUGGAUGAUCCUCGGGGGGAGGAUUUUCCAUGCUCGCUGCAGGAAUGCAAAACGAUUUUCGAGUUGGAUGAAUUUGAAGAGCACGUCAAGGUGACUUCGAAUCGGAGCAAGCAUUUCACCGGGCAUCGGUUGAAGGACAUGCAGGCGGAGCUUCGAUUGGCGUUCGAAAAUUAUGAUAACAUCCUGGGCAAACAAGCCGGGCCAUGCCUGUAUGAGCAGAGGCGUCGAUUGAUGAAGAUUGCAGAGGAGAACAAGCAGAGUGGUUAUGUUGAAACGCGGCCGGAAUGGAAGGUUAAACGGGACAACAAGGAAUGCGAUGCGGUGAGCGUGGUGGAGAUGGUUGUGAAGGAACCACACGUCAGACAGACGAAGAAGAAGGAGAAAAAUCUGAGGAUGCUGGGUCAGGUGUAUUUGGGCCCUGGAUGGAAGAAUUUGGAAUUUUUGAGUUCUUUGAGGAAAGGAGGAGCUUGGGAGAAGACCGUGAACCUUUCGGAAGCACCUGUAAGCUCUAAGAUGUUGUCCGAUAUAAUUGAAGAGUGCUACAAUCGCGUUGAAACGGAGUUGCAUAGCUUGCAAUCAAGAACUCCAUUCUACACGUAUCGCCGGAAUAGAUUCCGAUCGUCGGAAAAAGUGGAUACGUACUUGCUGGAUGAAAUGUUCAAGAUACGAUACAAAACCUACAGGGAUGCCUUUAACCAGUUGGAUAGGAUGCAUGAGCUGCGCAAGCAGGGGCGCUUGACCCAGUUGCUGAUGUAUACCAACGAUAUUCUCUGGAACUACUACCAGACCAAAACGGAGCGGGUUUUCCCGGAUCGGUACAAGUUUGUGAACGAAAUUUGCAAUUUGGUAGGAUUGGCGUUUAUGGAGAGCUUCCAGAUCCCGCCGACGCUGAUGGACGAGCGAUUGAAAGAUCGACUCUCAAUUCUGUUUCGCCUGCCACUGGGCAAGGACGAGGAUGAUGUUGUGGUGCCCAUUUUCGGAGACAAAUCCACGUAUCGUGAUCCGGCUGCUCCGGAUUAUGGUUACAUAGCUUACAAAAACAAACUUACGGUGUUGGAAAAGCGUAUCCCGCACUCGAGGUAUGCUAUCGAGAGAGCUUUCCUGUAUCACGAAAUGUGUCGCCACCAUCUGGAGGCUAGCAAGUUGGACGAAACGCGCAUCAUGGCACGGCGGGUUAUCGACGAAGCGACGCAAAGUGGUAGCAACUUGUGGAAGUUUUUGGGCGUGUUGGCCAUCGUUCGGGCCGACUGCAGCCAAAUGAAUCUGGAGAAGUUGACAGACUCACUGGAGGACGCAAGCCAAGCGGUGUUGGCUUUGGAAGACGAACGGCUGGCCCAUGUGAUCCAGGUGGCGAGAAUUAUCAAUGGCAAACUGAUGACCGAGAAGAUGGAACAAAGAGCUUCUUUUCAAAUCAAUCGCAUUCAACUGGAAUAG